ACUGAGGGAGCAUCUGGGGCAGUCUGGUGUUAACCAGCCUCUGCCCAAACUGGAUGCUCCUGUGGGAAAGCCGCCGUCUGCGUGUCUCCUGCGGAGAUGGCAGCUGUUGAGAUGAAGUGCUCCUCCCUGAUUUCAAGUGGGUUUCUCUGCUCUGACAGGUGUACCCAGGGCCUUUGUUGCCAUUUGGUAGAGGAGAGUGUGCUCACUGCCUCUGCUUGUGUGCUCUUCAUGGAGAGGUGUGGAAAGGCAGUCUCUGGGGAGAAGAGUCAGCGUGCCUUAAUCUUUUUGAUGCAGGGAACCCAACUGGUUUUAGAAGAAGUCAGAUUUGGUUAUGACUCUGCCUGGUACUGCAGUAUUCACCUCACCACAGCAACUUCUGCACAUUUACAGGCUGACUACUUGAAGGUGGCGGAUCUGGGUCUUCUCAUCCUGUGCCUCUUGCAAAAUAAAAGGAAGGGGGAAGAUAUCACUGGAGUGUCUCUGAUAAGGUCUGAGAAGUGCUAGCAGUCCUGGUACAAGGAAGUGUCUUCACCUGAAACCAAACUGGUUGCUCAUUUGCCAGUCGUAGAGGAGGAGAAACUAAUGUAAAGCAGGUGACCAUGCAGAAUGCAGUUCAGGUGUGGUUUGGAGAUGAGCUUCCCUUGAGUCCCCGAAGUCCUCUGACUCCGAGGCAUGGGCCGGGUCUGGCAGACGUGUGCCUCUAUGACCAAUGGAUAUCUGUGCGGCACGAAGCCACUUUGGUGCCUAUGCAGGAAGAUCUCUCCAUUUGGCUGUCUGGCUUGCUGGGAAUGGAAGUCAAAGCAGAACAACUGCUAGAAGAACUUGAUAAUGGGGUACUGCUUUGCCAAUUGAUUGAUGUUCUUCAAAACACAGUUAAAAAAUGUUGUAGCACAAAUAACUUAAGGAAUUUUCCUAUGAGAAAAGUUCCAUGUAAGAAGGAUGCUCCAUCAGGAUCUUUUUUUGCCAGAGAUAAUACAGCCAACUUUCUUAACUGGUGUAGAGCCAUUGGAGUUGAUGAGACAUACCUCUUUGAAUCUGAAGGCUUAGUGUUGCACAAGGAUCCUAGACAAGUGUAUCUUUGUCUGCUGGAAAUUGGGCGCAUUGUAUCCGGGUAUGGAGUUGAACCUCCUGUACUUGUAAAACUAGAGAAGGAAAUUGAGCUAGAAGAAACCCUGCUUAUGACCUCUGGGCCACCAUCACCUCUUAGCACACCAAAGUCAUGUUGUCACCAUGGGGAGCUACACGAGGCAGUAAAACAUAUAGCAGAAGAUCCUCCCUGCAGUUGUUCCCAUCGAUUUUCAAUUGAAUACUUGUCAGAGGGACGUUAUAGGCUGGGAGAUAAAGUACUCUUCAUACGAAUGCUACAUGGCAAGCAUGUGAUGGUGCGUGUCGGUGGAGGCUGGGACACUCUUCAAGGUUUUCUGCUGAAAUAUGAUCCAUGCCGAGUGCUUCAGUUUGCCACUCUGGAACAAAAAAUCCUGGCAUUUCAGAAAGGGGUCACCAGUGACAGUGUCCCCAGCUUGUCAGCUAGAAAUCAGGAGCCUCCUCUUAUGAAUCCAAUGUCAGCUGUCAGUAUGUUUCAAAAGCAGCCAUCAAAACCUCCUGCUCCUGUUAUAGGUCUUGGUGCCAGUGCCAAGAAGGCUUUAGCUAAACGUCCUCAGUCCCCUGCCCUGGCAUCACCAAGAGUGACUCCAUCUUCCACUGCCAAGUCAUCCACAGUCAGGUCCAAAUUACAAGGGUCCUCAGCAACAGGUGUGCAGUCUCCUUUCAAACCAUUAGCUGGCACCUCAAAGAAACUGGAGUCUCCUGCAUGCAGCUCACCAGCUUCUGCUCCUUCACAGCCUGGAAGCAAAAGUUCUUCACGUGCAGGAACAAGACCAGCUCCUGUUUCUUCUGAAACGUUGCGCAAACGUAUUCGGUCCCCCGAUGCUUCCAAGGUGAAAUUUGCCCUGCCUCGGGGCUCCCCAGCACCAUCACUCCAUCGUGCCCCCUCACCCUCUAAAAAACAGCCAUCUCUCUUGUCUGGGACAGCUGGAACAGCUACUUCAAACCAGAAGUGUGUCCCUGCUAAAUGCAGACCUGUAUCUGUCACUAAACCCAAGGUGAAUUCAGCCACUCCCAGGGCUGCUCGGCUGCCGGUUACGAAUCUGCACGCUGUUGCCAAGUUUGCACAUUCUCAGCAACUCCUUGCAAAACCUCCUGAAAAGGAUACUCAGAUCUCAGGUGCUGGGUCUCAGCAUCCUCGGAGAGCCCCACAAACAACUUCUCACCUAGCAAGGAACUUGAAAACUGCUUCUGAGCUAAAACUUUCCGCUUCUGCACCUUCCCUUGCCAUUAGCAAAGCAUCCAAUUCACCACCUCCAUUGUUACCUACAGGCAAAAAUGUGUCAUCAGCUGGCAGCAAGCAGCCAAAUGCCAAUAAUCCCCCUCAGGUUGGACCCUCUUUAUCCAAACCUGCUGAACGCACACCUUUGUCUGUUGUACGGCUCCCUCAAACUUCAGCCAAAGCAGCAGUGACCAAAAAGCCAGCACAGCCUUCCACAAAAGGUCAGCAUUCAACCAAAAACUUGCAAACAAACAAAAGCUUGGCCCCAGCAGCCAAGAAGCCACUGCCAAAGGAGCAGGCAUAUAACAAAGGAACACCUGGUGCAUCAAAAGUUCCUCUUAUGAAGAGCAGGCAAGAUGAUCACUAUUUUGUUAUGACAGGGACUAAAAAGCCCAGAAAGUAAACUAAUUUGUUACUUUCUGUGGAAGUCUGUUUUGUUUAAAAUGGCCUCUUGUAACUGCUACACUGAGGACAAGGAAAAAAAGCUAAAUAACACUACAUUUAAUAUGAAAUAUUAGGUAUAACCUGCCUUUUGCUGCCUAACUUACUGUAAGAACUGUGUUUAUUUUGUGGUUUAGAAACUUCUUUUUGGAUAUGUUUAGAAGUGAGCUUACUUGCUGCGUGGCACUGUGGAAUGGGAAAUGUCCUUGGUCUGCUGCAAAAAAGUGUGGGAGAGGAAAGGGGAAUUAAGGCUGAUGUUUUUGCAGCAGAACUCUGGUUCUGGCACAUCUGCAUUGAGGUGUCUGGCAAGCAACAGAGCUGUGCACAAGCUGUAAAAUUUCUAAUACCUCAAACAAAACUGGGUUUUGUUCACUGGUAUCCCAGAACCCAAAUCUGGGUCACAUGUUUUGGAAAGAGAAGAAUUUUCUAGUCCUGUUUAGAUUUGACAGAUGCUGUUAUCAGUGUUCCUUGUGCCCCCCCCAUAUGCCUUAAAGUGGAUUCAGCUCACUUGGAAGUGGAGCUUGGUUUGUUUUAAAUUGGACACCAAUAAUCAUGGCCUUUAUUGCUCACUUUCAUUGUGCCUUAGCCUCUCAAAUUCAGAUCAGAACUCUCCAGUGAGCAAUGCUACCUUUAAAACCCAGGGCAGAUAACCUUGCUUAGUCCAUGUUCAAAUCUGACUAGCUUUCCUAGAAAGCUCUUGCUGUAUGGAGGGAUGUUUCUGAGUUCUAGGGAAGACACUUGCCCCUGGGCUGGAGCCCCCCAGCAGCUCCUACUCCUGGGUUGGAGCCCCAAAACAGCUCCUGCUGCAGCAACACUGAGCUUCAAGCACUGACCUGUUCUAGCAGAGCUUUACUGCAGAGCUUUACUGCAGAGUGGCCUUUGCAUGGAAGACUGAAAUGCCAAAUACUUUUCUCAGUGCUACGGGUUAAUUUUUGUUGGCACUCUAGUCUGCAGUGGCCUUUCUUGUUUUAUUUGUGGAGACCUCUUUCCUGGCUCUCCUCUAUCACUCUCUGGAGGUGGGAAAUAGUUUCUCAAAGAGGAAUAUAGUCUGCAUUUGACUUUAAACAUCUUAAAGUGCCAGAAAGCUAUGCACUGUUUACACCCAUCUCCUGAAGUCUUUCAGUGAGUUAAACAUCUUUGGUGCCAUCACCUUUACCCUUGAGAAGUGAGCUUCAUGGGAGAUGGAAAACUACUGUCUUUGGGAGUAGUGCUGUUUUGGGUUAUUUCAGGGUUAAUGAACAGUUGUCCCUCCAGACUCUGAGGAGCUCUAAAGGUCUUUGAAGACACACUGAUGGUUUCCACAGACCAUCACUUCUGCCCUCCAUUCCCAGUCUAUUUAUGGGCAGGAGUGGAUGUCACUGCCAUAAAGGCUCCUGGAUGGUGGAACUGGGAAGUCUUUUUAAAGGAGCAGAGUUCCAUGGAAUAUGUAGUUUCUGUUGUUAAGGGGUUUUAUUUUAGGGUUUUUUUGUUGUUUUUUUUUUUUUUCUAGAACUAGAGUAAGCAAACAUCAUAAACUGAGUUCUCAUGCAAUGUGGCAGAGUCCUAGAGCUGCUUUUCUGAGCACCUUGUUAGCUUAUUUUAUUUAAUUUAUGAUUCUAUUUAUGCACAUCUACUGUAUAAUACUGCACACAACCUGCUGGGAGUAAGCAGUAGAUACCAGUAUCCAAACUGUAGGAGGAAAACAGAUCUGUUUUGAUAACGUGGACACAAGUCCCACAGGAUCCCAUACAAAGUUGUAUGUUUGGGGAAGGCCUUGGGCUUGCUUGUUUUAUAUGUACGCUGGUCAAAGCCACUGUUACAGUGUUAGGUAGAGUAUUGACUACAGUGGUUUCCUGUCAGGUUUGAUAAAUCUGGCACCUGGUUUCAUAUGCUGAAAGCAUUUUGCAGUAGAUGACUUGCUUUUUAUUUUUGGGCUUCCAAAUGGUGAGUUACAUGUGCUACAUGCAGAUUAAUAGCUGACUUCUUGGGGUUUUCUUUCUUUAAUGGGUCUGGAAGAGAUGGAGUUAACUUUCUUCAUAGCAUCUCAUAUGAGGCUGUGUCUUAGAUUUAAAAUCUAAAAUCUAAGCCCAUGUUGAUAACAUGCUGUUGUUUGGGCCUUUGCUGAACCACCCUUCCAGGAUCAAGUCUUUGUUUUUCCUGCUCUGCCCCCACAGUGAGUAGGCAGGAGAUUGGGAGUGAGAUGGCUGGGAACUGGCCAACCUGACCUGGCCAAAGGGCUAUUCCAUAUCAUAAAGCAUCACCUCAACAAUAAAAAGAAGGAAGAGGUAGAGAAAGAAGGGCGUGCAGGUUGUGUGGCUUCUAAGAUGGUUGUUUGCCAGCUGGCUGGGCAUCAGUCUGUCUGUGGGAGUAGUGAAGCCUUUGCAUCACUUGGUGGUUUACUUUUCAUAUCUUUUCUUCAUUCAUUAAACUCUUCAUACCAGCCAGUGAGUUUGCUUUUGCUGUUCCUCUCUCCUUAUCUUGCUGGGGGUGGAGGAGAGAUAAGGGGACUGAUGGGUGUGCACAGGCACUUGGCUGCUGAGUGGGGUCAACCCACAGCACCUUUUAAACCAUUUACAAAGUUCUUAGCAUCAAUUUAAACACUGAGGCUCUUGGAUCUCAGUGUAAGGCAACUUCAACAUCUGCCUUUCUGAACUGCAGGGAAAAUGAAGCAAAUUGUCUUCAUCUUUGUGAUAUAUGAUGUCAUGUAAUAAACUGAAUUUUAAAGUUCAAAAUUGAAAUAAAAAUGUAUAAACUGUUACAGUUGAAACCUUUAUCAGCUAAUUUAAAGUUACACAUGGGUAGACUUGUUUGGUUUUAUUAUAAAAAUAGUGUAUUUGAGUGUGAUUCCAACUUCUGUGGAAAUGGUAGUUGCCAGCUGCAUUGCAUAGUCAUGUAACAUGAGGUGAGCCAAGAAUAAAGUGUAACAAAGUACCUCCUAAUGAAAACACAUACUAUUUUUGCAAUGUUUGUUGCCAAGUAGCAAGUCUAAUCUUCAGUUUAUAUUACCUUUUGUGAGAGAAAGAUAAUUUGGAGCAAGAAUCUGACUGAUUCUCCAUGUGAUAUUGAUGUCUUCUCUAUGAGUACUUAUUUAAAAUAAACAUACACUGCACCUUUUUGUGUGCACACGUUUCUUCUCCUGACAUCCUUUUGCAGGGAGGGAAAGAAAAUGCAUUUCAGAAGGUUCAUGUUUUCCCUCUGCCACCACAUAAAUAGUAGAUUCCAUCUCUGGCAUAAAUAGCUGUGUCUAAUCCAUUGCUUGGUUUGGAGUUCAAGACAUUUUUCCUCUGACCCUUUUAUCAGUGUGACUAAUUGUGUGGAAGGCGCAUCCUCAUCUAGGAAUAAGCCUAAGUAGUUUCAGAUAUACCAGAAAGUUGUAUUUGCAGCUCUACUUGAAAUAUAGAGCACCUGUGUGCAAUAUUUUCCCUGCUUAUAUCUUGUCAACAAAAGAUCUAUCUCUGUGUCUGUUGCAGACAGAAAUUUAAUUCGUUUUGUUGGGUGGAAAAGUGGGUGUUCUCUCAGGAACCACCUAAUUAACUUUUUUUCCCCUUUCCCUAUUCUAUUUUAUUAAAACUUUUAAAGCCU